GCGAGUUUUUUGUCUUGCGAGGCAUUCGUCUUGCGAGGUACCACUGUAAUUCAUUUCCUUGAGUUGUGAGUGGACGAAACUUUUCCUCUUCGAGGGAAUAGCAGGGGAGGAACAACACCUCCAAUCUACUCAUGAUAAAAAAAAUCACAAAUAUCUUUCAAGAAGUAGCAGAAUGAAUUUGAUACAAUAGUCAAAAGUAAAAUUACUUGAGCUCACCGAAGGUGCUGCAAUCCAGGGGAGUAGUAUUGGCCUCUUAAAUCAGGAGGACGUGAAGUAGCAUUGGCGGGUGGGGGAAUGUCAUUACAGCCCCGGUUCCUGGGGGUUUUAUCAUUGAAAUGAAACUUCCAAGAGGACCAUAUGGCGAUUUGCAAGAUGGCCUGCAGUCCAGAAAGAUGCUGUUCAGUGAACAGUUCAUAAAAAGGCUAUCAUGGUUCAGUGACACUGACAAUACACCUCAUUAGGCAAGACGUAAACCCCUGUUGGAAGGGUUUUUGAUGGGGCAGAAAGAAGAAAAGGUCAGUCAUCCAAUCAGACCUCCAAGCGAAAACAGGUGAUGAAAUAUUAAUUCCUUUGAUUUAACAACCUAUCAGAUCUAGUCCACAAAAGAGAUGAUGGGACCAAAGCCAAUCCCGCUUUGGAGAGUAAAUGAUCAUGGUAUACACAGUUAUCCUUUUAGCGAUUGGUACCCUGCCAAAAGAAGGCAGAAUUCAGUUUCUUUUCAAGCCUUGGUAAUGAUUAACCAAUAAAGUAUAAGCCCCACAGACUAAGCUUUGUUCACUUUAAAGUUUGUGUUGGUCCACUGUGAGCCUGCCUAUCCUAUAGAUGUGUGUCCAUGUAUCCGGGAGCAGAUAACACCCUGGGCAAGGCGAGUGGAGCCCAUGAAGUCAACUGCGCUGCAUGUCAGCUGCACUCCAAGUGAAACAGCUUGUUUGAAUGUUUGGCAUAGAGCUUGUGCUGAGAUAUUUGGCUCUGCAGAUGGCUUAAACGGAAGGCACCUAGACCAAGGUGUGUGCCUGACGGUUUACCCAGUGCAGCAUGAACCUAGGAAUCCCUUCAGAGAGAGAGCAACAACAGAGACGGAAAUUGAGAGAUGAGCCCUUGGAGAAGGAUGACAACAGCAGAAUAAACAUGACCUCAAAGCAAAGGCUGAUUCAGCUCACUUAUCUGAUUACAGUUGUGGAAGUGGCCUGCAUGUUCAUGCAGUUUGGGAUUGUUCCAUAUCUGGCAACCAGCCUGGGUAUGGAUGCUGUUGAAUUUGGCUACUUGCAAACAGUCUUUGGUGUUCUUCAGCUUCUGGGAGGUCCCAUUUUUGGGAGGUUUGCUGACCAGUUUGGAGCCAAGACUGCCUUGGCCAUCUCAUACGUGGCUGGAUCUCUGUUCUUCUUGCUCCUGUCUGUGUCCACCAGUGUCCCUCUGCUCUUUCUGUCCAGGGUCCCCUCUGUCUUCAUGCAUGGACUACCAGGUGCUCAAAUGGUGAUAACAGAUUUGACCACCGCUGACGAACGUGUUGAUGCUUUAGGAAAGCUUGGACUAUGUUUUGGGGUAGGAAUGAUCGUUGGAGCUUCCUUGGGUGGCACCUUAACCUCAAAAUUUGGCGUCUACUUUCCUUGCUACGUUGCACUAACAGGAUGCCUCGCUUGUGCUUUGACAGUCCUCGUUUUUUUCCCUGCGCAGACAAAGCCGCAGUUGAAAGGAGAUGCUGCACACCAGAGUGUGUCCCAGUCCACUAGUGUAUUUAGUCUCAAAGAAACUGUUCGCCUAAUGAAACUUCCAGGAGUAAUGGAUGUUUUUUUAAUCAAGGUACUUUCUGGAUUUCCUUCAGGUGUGUUCCUGAUCAUGUUUUCUAUCGUAUCUAUCGAUUUCUUUGGUCUGGAAGCAGCGGCGUCUGGGUACGUGAUGGCAUACUGUGGAAUCCUUCAAAUGGUUGUCCAGGGCCUAGUAAUUGGGAGAUUGACAAGUCGUUAUUCAGAGUGGACUCUGCUCAUGUUGUGCGUCCUUGUCUUCUGCGGAGUGGGUGUUGGUAUGGCCCUGAUGACCAACAUUUUCCAUUAUUGCCUCAUUGUGCCCCCCAUGAUAUUCUCCUUCGGUACUAUAGCCGUCAUUUCGGACAUCAUCCUGACCAAGUCCGUCCCUGCUUCUGACACUGGUGCCAUGCUGGGAAUUAGUUCCUCAGUUCAACCAUUGACAAGGACAAUAGGCCCAACUAUAGGAGGAUUUUUAUACAGACGAUUUGGGGUCUCGUCCUUUGGUUAUUUACAGCUGCUUGUUAAUAUACCUCUGUUUUUCUACAUCUUGAGGAAGAGGAUCCCUCACAAUGAAGGGAAAGUACAGUAAUUAAGUCUUCAGAUGGUGUGCUGAUGAGAAGAUAUGCUAUAACUCUAUUUUAGGACUUUUAAUUGCCCUAUCUGACAGGAAAUAAACUAAUUUAAACCA